UCCGCUCUGCUCCCCAUCCCGGCCACACUCGAUUCGCAUCGCCGAUGGCCGCCGAUGCGGACGCCGCUUCCGUUCUUCUCGAGUCUCUUCAUGGCCUCGUCCGCGCUGGAAUCUACGAUCGGUUCGCCUCAUUCCUCCUCCCCUUCGGCGACUUCAUCCCUCUCCAUUCCCAAAACCCUAACGCAGCUGCACCCACGAAGGCCGGUGCCACCGCCGCCGCUCCCAAGAAGAGAGGCGGUAAGAAGAAAGCGUCAGUGCCCGACCCCAUGGCGAUCCGCCUCCUUGCGAAACGAUUCCUCCCCUUCCUCUGCCAAGCCCUCAAAAUCCUGCCAUCGUUACUCCGAAAGAGCCCCAAAACGCUAAGUUCUACUGUCGACGAUCAGAUUGCGGCCGAGCUGCUCGGAGUGUACCGCCUUCUGUUCGACUGCUUGGCUUGCAUUGGUCCUUGCCUUGCCGGCAAAGCUUACUCAAUUCACCUCCAGAAAGGCCAUCUAGUCUUCUCGUUGGAAGCAUGGGAGAGGUACGCCGAAGCUGAAGAAGAAGCUUUAGCGCUUCUAGAGAACCUAAGGUCGGUUCUUGUUGAGGCUGCACCGGUUCCCAAAUCGCGCAAAGGAAAAUUUUCCAGUCCUGGUUGCUAUUUACCUGAUCCGGCCCUCGUUGGAACUGAUGAUCCGGAUGUCACCACACUGGUUAUCACAGUCAUUACCGUUCUUGUGGGCUCAUCGUACAAGAGUAAAAAUCUGAAGGAGGUGACAUAUGAUAGGAUUUUAGCCUUGAUUGAUCAAGUUCAGCCUUGGCUUCGGUUUUUAAAUCCAGAAGGACUCCGGAGAUUCCAGAAUUUGCUUGACAUUAUGUGCAGGUGUUCACUUUUUUUACUCGAAGAAUACAGACUCUUUAAAGGAGACAUGGUGCGUCAUUUCUGCCUGAGGACAUUGAAGGAAUGUGCAAAGUCUUCCCCGAUAGAUCACUUUUAUAAAAGAAUGGGAAAAGUAUCUUCAUCUGUUGACUUGCAAUGGGAUGAUGGAAGCUCUCUUUUGCUCGAUAUUCUUAGAUUAGCAUUGCAAUCCAUUUUAUGCAGCUGCAAGGUUAAUUUACUGAAUGCUUCAGAUGAGUUUCUUGAAUUUGUAUCACAUUUUGCUCGCCGAAUUUGCAUUUCCAAUUUAGAUACGUGCAGAAGUGUUGCAGAAUUAUUAUGUCAAGGAGGUGGAGAUAUAUGUCAGGUGUCACUUCCUCUCACAUCAAUUUUAACUCUUUAUGCUAUUGGUUUGCACUUCAAGUUUAGUUGUAUUCAGGCUAAUCAAAGUGCAAAUGGAGUUGAUUUGCAAAACUUGUCUUUUAUAUUGGAAAAAUUAGCCAACUUUGAUAUUAUAAACCAUAAAGAUGGGAUGGACUUUAGUAGUGAGAUAGAAGACACAAGUAAUGGUUUUUUGUCUUCUUCAAAAUCUGGCCUGAGUAAUUCUUGUAUGCAAACACAUGGAAAAGUCUCAUUCAUUUCAUACAUUGAUGCUUUAGAGUUUCCUUGCAAGCAAAUGGUGGAAUUUGUGAGCAUAGUUUGGAAAAGAAUUGCUUCUGCACAAGAACCUCUUCUGGAUUCUGAUGGAUUAAAUUAUCUCCAGAAGGCAUUACAUCAAAUUUGUGAUUUGUUCCUUGAUUCUACUAGAUGCAGUGUCAUGUUUAAGAGCAUUGAACAGAGGUUAGUGGAAAGCCAAGGAACACUACUUCAAAUUGCAUUAUCAGCUUUCAAAAUCUCCCUUAUAGCUGACAAAAGUUACGAGAAAAGUUUACUAGUUAUAAAUGAUAUCAUUUCAAGUACAAGGAUAGAAAUGCAAGAGCUGAAGUUUCUUAUUUCAUCAAUAAAUAAUGUUGGAGCUGUAUGCUACAAUAGUGGAUUGCUGGAGAAGGCAUCUAAAGCAUUUCAGCUGUGCCUUGAAAUUAUAUGGAAAUAUGUGAGGUUUACUUGUAGUUUGCACUCGUUGAAUUCAAAGAAACUCCAUAGUGAUAAUAUUGAUGAAGAUGGUUAUAAAGAUGCCAUUAAUGAUGCAUUGGCACGUAUUUCGAAGAUAAUUGGAUUUCUUCAUAAAUAUGGUAGAGUAAACAUAAAAGGCAUUAUUGUUAAGAGUUUAUAUGAAUUCUCUGCUGCUGAUGAGGCUCUAAAUGACACUGGCUUAUCAAACUUGAUGCAUCAAUGGGUUAAGAUCCUUUGUGAAGAAUUUAAGGAGGUACAUGAAGUGGAUAAUGCUCCAAUUCUCUAUUACUUGCUUCUCGACUGUGACUUGAAUUGGUCAAAGAAAAUAAUAGGCAAAAUCCUUGAACAGGAACUUAUUGCUUAUGAACUGUUCAAAUCUCACAAUCCAAAUCUGUGCCAAAAAAUGGAAUUGAAGAUUAUGGACCUUUUGUUGAAUUAUGUGUAUACAUCAAAAGAUUACAACUUGCAAAAAUCAAGAAUUCUAGUUAGGAAAGGAAAGGGUUUAAGAGCUCUUGGAACAGAAGGCAUAAACAAAUGUCUUGAAUGCCUUUCUGAAGCAGUGUCAUUACUUAGAUUCACAUAUGGUGAAGCUUCUCAAGUUGCUGCUUUAGUUGCUCAUCAGUUGGCUCUCACAUACCUCUUGUAUGCACAAUGUGCUCAGGAGGCCAAUCAAGACUCGGAUGUAAUUCUUGAUAAUGUUCAGUGUGCAUUGAGUUUGUGGUCGGGCAUCAAUAUUGAAGGUUCUCCUUCAACAGGCAACAAUUAUGAGUGUCCAUUAGCUGAUAGUUUACCUAUCUUAUGCUCUAUAGUUGAUUUGCUUUCAUUAAAGGGUUGCCUGAAAUUCCAAAUUGAGAUAUGCAAAUUGAUAAUCAAAUUCUGCUUGUCGAAGAAUGUACCAUUGGAGCAGUGUAUUACCAUGCUAUGGACUAACAGAAGGCUAAACCAUUCUCUUUGUCGCUGUCCAAUUCAUGAAGGGUUUGUUUUCAGUAUCUCAGAGAUGUAUGAUUCAAAUGCCAACUCUUUGGAUUAUUGGAUAAGUUGCAUGAAAGGUGAUCAGCCAACACUCUGCACAUUUCUGCAGAAGUUAUUGCCAACAGAUUCUCAUUUCUCUGAACCAAGAGGGAGUUCUAUCUCCAUGCCUUUUGGUGCUACAAUGAGCAUUCAAGAGGUUGAAAAGGUUGCAUCAUCUCUAAUCUCAAAGGUUCCUUUGACCAGUGAAUCUACUUUCAUGGCUUCAUAUCUUUACUAUGACUUGUCUGAAAGGCUUUUCUCCAAUGGAAGAUUCAUUCAGGCUCUUUUGUACGCGAGAAAGGCAUUAUGUCUGAGGGACAAAUUAUUUAGGAGGAAAUUUAUUUAUAAAGUUACUGAACAGUCUGCAAAAACCAAGCUUGAUCAAGCUACUCAGUCUACAAAUGAUCGUAUAUGCCUUGAGGCAGUGGGCAAUGCUAUUACAGAUGCUUGGCCGGGUGCUAAUAAGUCAGGCAAUUCAAUUGAUUCUUUUCCUAGUGUAUGGGGUGUUCUUAGGUGCUACCUUGAAAGCACAUUGCAGGUUGGCAUUAUCUGUGAAUCAACCGGAAAUGGUGCUGAGGCAGAACAUCUUUUUCGAAUAGGAAAAGAAAUAUCCUAUUUAAGAGGCUUCCCAGUCCUUGCAAUUACUUUCACAAUAUAUUUAGGUCAAUUAUACUGUAGGAAACAGUGCUGGGACAUGGCUGCAAAUGAGAUUAACUAUGCCAAAAAACUAGUUGUGGACUAUCACCACAUGAUCUCAUGCGAGCGUUGUAAAAUGACUUUUGAGGUUAUGAUUGACAUGCAAGCUGGUGAUUUAUCUAGAAACAACAUCUCCAAAAGAAUGCAAACCGAGUACUCUGGAAGUUUGCCUGAUGCACUAGGCUUGUAUAGAUCAGCUAUUGAAAAACUGGAACAGGCUUCUGUUAGGACUUAUAUUAACAUCUAUCAGAAGCCAGGAACUUAUAUAAUUGGAGAAGCCAGAAAUUCAGCUCAACAUCACACUAAAAUGUGCUCAACUAACAAGGGAGUAAAACUACCUGUUUGCAGUAUCUGCCUUUCACUGAGUAGCCAUACAAAUGUUCCCAAUUCAGGACAAGGUAGAGAGGAAUCUGAUAAGCUAAGGCUUUUGGACAAUUCAGGGUUAAAAUCGCAUGCCAAAGAAGUCAAGAAAACUUCUAAAAAGUCAUUUAAAUCCUCAGAGAAGGAUCUCAGCCAUCAUACUAAACCAAGAAGAAACCGUUCUACUGCCCAAACUAUUAAUGUUGUGAAUACAUCUACCAAUUGCAAUGAGUCUGUUACUCUUGGGCUUAAACUAUCAAAAGGACACUAUAAGAGUUCUGAAGCUGCUUGUGGAAGUGAAGAAUGUGGAUGCAACCAAAUAAAAUGUUGGAGGUGCCUCAUUCUCCAAGUAGUGGAAACUGGAUUCAUGCAGGAUAUUCUUUAUCUGAAGUGGGAAUCUUAUAGUCGGCAUCUCACAACAAUACUUCUCAUCAAGAUAGCAAAAUGUCUUGGUACUCACUCUGGAAAGCAUGAAAAUAAUGAAGUGCAUGAAGUCUUUGGUCGUUGCAUUUCUGUGAUGUUCAAUUGGAAAUCUCUUAGGUUCUAUGGAACAUCUGAUCCCAGCUUAAUUCACCUUCUUAUGGAUGAGACUUUUGGUGAUUUCUUUCGCAUGGAACGUGCAGCAGUGUUGUACAACAUGAGUUGGUUUUGUUUGAAGAAUUGUACAUCAGAGAAUCCCAGGACCAAUUGUUGCAGUUUCUCCAAGAUCCAGAUGACAACUAUAUGUACUUGGUUACUUAAUGCUUUCAUACUCUGCCGUGAAAAUCCCUUGCUUUUUCACAAGGUCUCUCGUCUGCUGUCUUUGAUGUUUCUAUUCUCCACAAUCGAUUGCUCUGUUUCAUUACCUGUGCAAACUGAAAAAUCUCUCUCUUUAAACCAUUGGGCUGCAUAUUUCCACCAAGCUUCAAUUGGUACAAAUGUGGACAGUCAAUAUUUCGGCAGUCAGCCUCUCAAGGUGUUUUCUGAUGCUAAUAUGAUGGAUGAUACUGCAGAAUUAUCCAAAGUCCUCAGACUUUUUCCAGAAUGUCUUGAAGAUCUUGAAGAACAUGUAUGUGGUUUCUUCAAGAGCCUCCCUAAUAUUCCUAUAAUUUGUAUAAGCAUGCUUGGAGGAGAUUAUACUAACCUCAUUGGUGAAAUGCUACUUCUGCCUUCUUUUUUUCCUGCUUGGAUACUUGUAUCAAGACUAGUUGCUAACAAUCAACCUGUUGUUAUGUUACUGCCUGUGAAUCUCAUUGAAGAAGACCAACUUGAUGUUGGCAUUUCAUGCCAAAAAUUCAGUGGUGCUGAUAUAGAAUCUGCCAAACAAUGGAGUUGCCCAUGGGAUUACUCUGUUGUAGAUUGUGUAUUACCAUCUUUUAGAAAGCUUUUGGAAGAGAACUUUCUUUUUCUAUUUAAUUCAACCUUUUCACCAGCUGAUACACAAACAAAAUUUGCUACUUGGUGGUCUCAGAGAAUCAGACUUGACAACUGUUUAAACAAAUUGCUUAGAAACAUCGAAACAUCAUGGUUGGGACCCUGGGGUUGCUUGCUUCUGGGUGAGCAUUCAUCAAUUUUUUGGAAUACUGACAGAAGGAUUAACAAAUUAAUCAAUGCUCUAAAAUCCCAUAGUAAACAUGGAAUAAAUUAUAGUUUGAUUAGCUCUAUCAUUGGUGGUUCAAAGUCAAUAAUUGAUGCAGAAUCAUGCAUCCAUCAGUUAUUAUUAUACAAUGGCUAUUUUGGCCGAGGUGCCUGCUGUGGUCAAGAGAGAUUUAGAGUAUUUCCUGCAGCUCCUGAGACAGAAACUGCAAUCAAUUUCAUUCAUGAUUUGGUUAGGGAGAUGCUUACUGAAUAUGGAGAACAUGUUGACAGAGAACCAGUGAUUCUAGUGCUGGAUUCUGAUGUUCAGAUGCUGCCAUGGGAGAACAUACCAAUUUUAAGGAACCAGGAGGUUUAUCGCAUGCCAUCCAUUGGCAGUAUCUUUGCAACACUUGACAAAAGCUGUUCUCAUCACAAAAAGGAUGAGGCAUUUGGCACCAUCAUCCCUGCUGUCGACCCUGUUAAUGCUUACUAUUUGUUAAACCCAAGUGGAGAUCUAAAUGAUACACAAGUGGAAUUUGAGCAAUGGUUCAAAAGCCAAGAAUGGGAGGGUAAAGCUGGAGUAACUCCUACUGUUAAAGAACUGAGUUUCGCCUUGCAAAAUCGUGAUCUCUUCCUGUAUUUUGGUCAUGGAAGUGGAACACAAUAUAUGCCUGAAAAAGAAAUUCGGAAGUUAGAUCAUUGUGCUGCCUCUGUUCUUAUGGGCUGCAGCAGUGGGGCACUCGUUCAUAAAGGGUGUUAUGCUCCGCAAGGUGCGCCCCUAUCCUACCUGUUAGGCGGUUCCCCUUGUGUCAUUGCAAACCUUUGGGAUGUAACGGAUAAAGAUAUUGAUCGGUUUGGGAAGGCCUUGCUGAAUUCAUGGCUGCUCAAAGAUUCAGAACCUCUUGACAAUUGCACAAGGGAUGGCCAAUUAGUGAAAGGGUUGAGUUGCAUGAACAUAAACAAAGAGGUGACCACCACCUCUGUAAAGACUAGAAGGAAACAGGCCAAUGAAAAUUUGCAGAAUUUAUCAGCUAGUAAGCAAGGUUGCAGGAGGAACAGGAUAGUGUCCUUCAUGAGCCAAGCACGAGAGUCAUGCCGACUCCCGAUGCUAAUUGGAGCAGCUCCUGUUUGUUAUGGAGUACCCACAGUCAUUUGGAAGAAAUUGCAGCCAGAAAGUUAACUAACCAUCAUGAGGUAUGAUUUCAGCUGCAUGGAGUUCUUUCAUGAAUGCUCCCAAUUCUAAACAAGGGCUUAUUUCUCGAGUCACCUUGGUUUUGAUAGUUAGGCAGAUCCUAAAAUUUUUUAUGUACGCUUUGAAUUUUUCAAACGUCUGUUGUAUUUUUAUCAUCGUUUAUCGAGUUGUACAGAAUGUGCCGAUGCCUCUUCCCAUAAAUGUCAAAGGAUGUGGGAUUGAGUUUUUUUUUUUCUUCACAUAUAUAUAAAUUGCUAACAAAUG